UUAGUAAUAGCUACAAUCCAUAUUAGCAUCAUUUGUGAAAUUAUCCCCACACCACAUCAAAUCCAAUCAAAAUGUACCUCACAAGAAAAAUAAGGUUUAUUGUAACAGGAAGAAGAGGUCACAGCACGUCACAGAUCACACCAUGAGACACUUUUAGUUCUCCUGGUAGGAUAUAUGCACCUUCGUUUGGUGGUUAAAGAAGAAUCACGCCAUCCAAUGGGAUUAGCGAUUGGCUCAAGGGACUCUGGGAUUGGUAGAAAUACUGAUUUCCCAAGUUGUACCUCCCACAUGGGGUGACCAAAGGCUUAGUGUGAGCCUGAUUAGUUUUGUAGGUGGCGGACACAAGAUGUUAGUAGAGACGAGCACCCAAACAAAUGCAUGGACAUAGACAUACUUCUGUACCAGUUCCAGAGAAGAUGGUGGCCCCUUUGCUCACCUUUCUCACCUCACGUAAACAUGUUCAACCUGAUGAGCAACUGCUGCACCUGGGUCUCCAAAAUACAGGAGCCAAUCAGGAAAAUGACCAUUCUGGUGGUUGGUCUUGACAAAGCAGGAAAAACAUCUUGCAUCAGAGGCAUGUUAAGAGUCCCCCAUGGUGGGGAAGCAGGACCCACCCAGGGCUGCAUCCGAAAUGAGCUCCGAGUAGAGAACUACUUGGUCACCUUGUUGGAUGUGGGAGGAUCAGCAGAGUCGAGAGGAACCUGGAGGGAGCUCUAUAGAGAGGCCCAUGGGAUAAUCUUUGUGGUGGACUCCAGUGACAGGCAGAGGAUAAAGGAGGUCAAGGGGGUUCUUGCUGAUCUGCUGAAGCAACCCAGAGUGGCAGGAAAACCCAUAUUAGUGUUGGCUAAUAAACAGGACAAAAUGAACGCUUUGCUGGGAAAUGAGCUGAUUGAGAUUCUGUCACUAGAGAAGCUGGUCAACCAGAGUCGCUCUCUGUGCCAUAUUGAGCCUUGUUCAGCCUUAAUGGACCUGCGACGUUGGUCGGACAGAAAGACUCUACGAGGCCUUCGCUGGUUGCUGCGUGCUGUUUGUCUGGAUUACCCAGAGCUGUGUACUCGUAUAGCCCAGGACAGCAAGAGGCCUCUGGAACCAAGAGAGAAGGAAAAGACCUGGAAAACGGAGAAAGUUCGCAAAAAAAACAAGGGGGAACGAAUGCGAUCCAGUAAGUCAGAUCUUCGCCAGGUUCAUCGGCCAAAAGACAAGGAGAAGCCCAAGAGCGAGGGAAAGCUGCAACCCAUUCGAAACAUGCUGCAAAAGGAAACCACUCUGAAAAAGAAGCUGAAGUCAAAAAAGAAGAAGAAGUUGGUUAAGGUCAAGAAAGGUGAAAAAGAUCACGAGGAAGGAAAUGAACAGGAGGAUGAAGAGGAGGGUGACAGUCAUGAAGGAGAGCAAGAAAACGCUGUUCACAGAGAGAAGGCCAGCAGUGCCCUGAUUCCCCCCAAAAAAGGCCAACCAAAACGCCAAAGAGAGGUGAAAAAAGAGAAUCUGGACAUGCCAGAAUCACCUGACAAUGAUAAGAAGGAGCUCAAAGCUAAAGGGGAAAAGAGGAGAAAGAAAAAAGUGGUCAAAGUAAAAAGGAAGAACAAGAUCAACACAGAGGAGAUGCCUGGAGAUUACUCUCAGUCUGUGGACUUGUCUUCAACCUUUGAUCUUUACCGAAAAGCAAUACUGGCUCUGAAGGAACGUCAGGAUCAGGGACAGUGAGAGUGAAUCCCGGUUGUGUCCUGCGACCUCAGUGGGCGGAUAUGGUCCGCAGCAGUAGUACACAGUCACACUUCACAAACUCUCAUACCCUUUUCCUUCAACACAAUCAACAGGGGAAAGACUCAAUUCCUGACUGCUACAUCUUUAUAACUCUAUAGACUAUCACUUUAGGCCAGGUCACUGAACAUUCGUAAGUGAAACUGCAAAUUCCAGUGUGUAGUGAAGGGCAGGUCUGCAUAAUCAUGUCAUUAUUGAAAUAGUAAUUUAAAAUAAAAUAAAAAACAUUAAAGUCAAAUAUAUAAAUAACAAUAUAUACAUUUUAAAAUGUUGAAGAUAAAAUUAUGUAACUGGCCAAAAUAUUUUUUUUCAAAAAGUUUGUUUGUCUAUGCAAUAUUGUUUGUAAGGGAAAACAUGAUGUUUGAACUGCAUAGUUUUUUAUGAUUAUUUUAACAUUUCCCCAGCAAUGAACAAUGUACUGGGCAGAGUAUGGGACAUUAUUGAAGUGAUGAACACACCUAUGAAACUGUAUAAUAAACAUUUUGUCACUACUUGCAUGGCAUAUCUGUUUACAUUACAGCAGCAUCCGCAGCAAAGUACGAGUUAGUGAGAUUUAAAAAUCUAACACAGGCUAUGAACAAAGACCAAGAUUGUUUAUCUGGAUGUAUAAUCAAAUAAGCUGAGUUCUGUUGUUUUCCACCUUUUGUUUGUCAUUUCACAAUGAUGCUGACAGAUCUCAGCCCCAAAAUGUACUGAUCCCACAAUAUUCCUCCAUGGCAGCCUUCCAGUCACCUUGACCAUUUUCCACAAUUCACAAUUCAUGUCCUACAUCUGGAGAAACCCUGUAUUUAUCAGUUGGCACAACAGAUUUCACUGUUAGUGCUACAGCUUUGGACAGUUGUUCAGUUUGAUCAAUAAUGACUGUAUUCUUGACUUUAGCAAUGGCAAAAAAAAGAUAAGCAAAACUUCUGUGGUUUUUUGAGUGACCACGAUGACUUUUCCUUGCAAAAUCAUUAUGGCAUAUGGUUCUGUUGCAGCUUAAAGUGUCUCUAUUACUCACUGGUGAAAUUUUUUUUUCAUCAUGUAAGAUAUUUCGUGUCUUAUAGUAUCCAGAAAAUACAAUGAUGUUUAAUUAUUCCUAUAUAAACUUAUAUUUUGACAUGA